UCACUGCACUGAACCUGGCGCGUAAUACAAAACUGGUUGAAGCAGAGCGACAGGGAGAGAGUGUGUUGGUAGCAAAUGGAAGACGACGGAGGAGAGAGAUCGAGCUUCGUCAUCGGUCUCAUCGAGAACAGAGCCAAGGAGGUUGGAGUGGCAGCAUUUGAUUUAAGGUCGGCUUCUCUACAUCUAUCUCAAUAUAUUGAGACUAGUAGUUCAUAUCAGAAUACAAAAACUUUGCUGCAAUUCUACGAUCCUAUGGUGAUUAUUGUUUCCCCCAACAAACUGGCACCUGAUGGGAUGGUUGGAGUUUCAGAAUUGGCAGAUAGAUUUUAUGCCACAGUCAAGAAGGUUGUAAUGGCUCGUGGUUGCUUUGAUGACACUACGGGUGCUGUGUUGAUUAAAAAUCUAGCAGCCAAGGAACCUUCAGCACUAGGAUUGGAUACUUAUUACAAGCAGUACUAUCUCUGCUUGGCCGCUGCAGCAGCUACAAUUAAGUGGAUGUGCAGGAUAGAAGCAGAGAAAGGGGUCAUUGUUACAAACCACUCAUUGUCGGUCACUUUUAAUGGAUCAUUUGCCCAUUUGAAUAUCGAUGCUACUAGUGUUCAAAAUUUGGAAAUCAUUGACCCGCUUCAUUCUACACUGUGGGGUCCAAGCAAUAAGAAGAGAAGUUUGUUGCAUAUGCUGAAGACGACAAAAACUAUAGGAGGGUCUAGGCUUCUUCGUGCCAAUCUAUUGCAGCCUUUAAAAGAUAUUGAGACUAUAAAUGCUCGUCUAGAUUGCCUGGAUGAGCUAAUGAGCAACGAACAGCUAUUCUUUGGACUCUCUCAGGUUCUGCGCAAAUUCCCAAAAGAGAGUGAUAGAGUACUUUGUCACUUCUGCUUCAAGCCAAAGAAAAUUACAAAUAAAGUUAUGGGUGUUGAUAAUGCUAGAAAAAGCCAGCUGUUGGUAUCAAGCAUUAUUCUCCUCAAAACUGCUCUAGACGCUUUGCCUUUACUCUCAAGGGCUCUCAAAGAUGCAAAAAGUUCUCUUCUUGCUAAUGUUUACAAGUCUGUAUGUGAAAAUGAGAAAUAUGCUGCUAUUAGGAAAAGGAUUGGAGAGGUGAUUGAUGAAGAUGUGCUUCAUGCAAGGGUACCUUUUGUAGCCCGCACCCAGCAGUGUUUUGCUGUAAAGGCCGGAAUUGAUGGACUUUUGGAUAUUGCACGGAGAUCAUUUUGUGAUACUAGUGAAGCUAUACAUAAUCUUGCUAACAAGUACCGCGAAGAUUUCAAGUUCCCCAAUUUGAAACUCACAUUUAACAAUAGGCAAGGUUUUUACUUCAGCAUUCCACAUAAGAGCAUUGAGGGGAAGCUUCCUAGCCAGUUCAUUCCGGUAGAGGAUCAACUUGCUCUAGAAGUAGUGUUGAAACACGGGAACAAUAUACAUUGCUCAACUUUGGAGCUUGCUUCUCUAAACGUUAGAAAUAAGUCUGCAGCUGCAGAAUGCUUCCUACGGACUGAAGUUUGCCUGGAAGAAUUAGUAGACGCCAUACGAGAGGAUGUUUCUGCACUCACAUUACUUGCAGAGGCCUUGUGCCUUCUAGAUAUGAUUGUUAACUCAUUUGCACAUACCAUUUCCAAUAAGCCUGCUGAUCAUUAUACUAGACCAGAAUUUACAGAUGAUGGCCCAAUGGCAAUUGAAGCUGGAAGACACCCUAUCCUUGAGAGCAUACACAAUGAUUUUGUUCCCAACAACAUCUUUUUAUCGGAGGCAUCAAACAUGGUGCUGAUUGUGGGCCCAAACAUGAGUGGAAAGAGCACUUAUCUUCAGCAAGUAUGUCUUAUAGUUAUUCUUGCUCAGAUCGGUUGUUAUGUUCCUGCUCGCUUCUCAACUUUGAGGGUUGUUGAUCGGAUAUUUACAAGGAUGGGUACAGUGGACAAUCUUGAAUCCAACUCUAGUACGUUCAUGACAGAAAUGAAAGAAACAGCUUUCAUCAUGCAAAAUGUUUCCCUAAGGAGUCUGGUCGUCAUGGAUGAACUUGGGAGGGCUACAUCUUCCUCUGAUGGAUUUGCAAUUGCAUGGAGCUGCUGCGAACAUUUGUUAUCACUGAAAGCGUAUACUAUAUUUGCUACUCAUAUGGAGAACCUCUCUGAAUUAGUAACUGUCUAUCCAAAUGUGAAAAUACUUCACUUCAAUGUUGACAUUAAAAAUAACCGUCUAGAUUUCAAGUUUCAACUCAAGGAAGGACCAAGACAUGUUCCACAUUAUGGGCUUCUAUUAGCAGAAGUGGCAGGAUUACCAAGCUCGGUGACUGAGACAGCCAGAAACAUCACAUCCAGGAUCACAGAAAAGGAAGUGAAGAGGAUGGAAGUAAACUGCCUGCGAUAUCAUCCAAUCCAGAUGGCUUACCAUGUUGCUCAGCGUCUCAUAUGUUUGAAAUAUUCCAGCCAGGAUGAGGAUUCAAUCAGAGAAGCACUGCAUAACCUGAAAGAGAGCUACAUUCAUGGCAGGCUGUGACAAAUGUGCCUUGCAAAUCAAUAUAUGCCCUUGGUAAAUAAAAUACAGAACUGCUAGGCUGACGAACCCAGAGAGCCUUGAGGUAAUAACCUGGUAGAUUUUCAAUUCAGGCACUUUUCUUGUGUGCUUGAUAUGUAUAAACAGAAAACUAGAAUGUCAUUGUGAUAUAUGUUCAUGAGUGUAGUUGUAGGCAGAAAGAUGUGCCAGGAAAUAGCAAAGGUAACAAAUGUCAUGAAUCUGGUGGCCUUAGCAUGCACUUCCUUAUUUCAUUGUUACCUUUGAAUCUCAAUCAGAUACAACAUUGCGAG